GCGUUGGGAUAGGCCAUAACAACCACCCAACAAGGCGUUGUGCUACUAAGGGGAAAUACCGAACCGAACCGAGAUUUAAAACGGUCUGGGUUUAGUUUUUAGUCGAGGUAGAUGCUGAAAAAUCACCGGAAAGUCGAUGCAAGUGGAAACUAUUGCACAUUAGAGACCAAAGGUUGACGUCGAGCCGUGCGUAAUGAGCAGAGUUGGGAAAAGAAGGUGUUGAGCUGCAUUUUUUUUCUCUCUCCCUCUCCCUCUCUCUGCCUGAGACAAGUUGGAUCGGAGUGCUGCCUAAACUACGAGGGGAAACGAAGAAAAAAUAAUGCCUGCGAAGCUCCCCACUUUCUGCCAUGGCAGCUUGGGCCUGGAGCUCUGAGAAUGCUUCAGAGGACCCGUGCCUGACCCGCAACUGACGACUGAGAGGAAUACGUUGUCUGAGCAGAAUGACUCAGCACGAGGGGGGACCCCCAAAUAGCAAGUGAAGAGAACCGAGGAUGGGUGCCAAUGGAUCCAGCUACCCGCACUCGUGCUCCCCACGGAUAGGGGGAAGUUCACAGGCACAACAGACUUUUAUAGGGACCUCAUCCUACUCUCAGCAGGGAUAUGGUUGGGAGUCAAAGCUAUACAGCCUGGAGCACGGCCAUGAGCGGCCGGCAGACAGGAAGAAGAAGAGUCUUGGUCUGGCGACUCUCAAGCGGAGGUUCAUCAAAAGGAGGAAGUCUAGCCGCUCAGCGGAUCACGCGCGGCAGAUGCGUGAGCUUUUGUCAGGGUGGGACGUCCGUGACACAAACGCCCUGGUGGAGGAGUAUGAGGGAACGGCAGCCCUCAAGGAGCUGAGCUUCCAGGCCAGCCUCGCACGUCCAGAGGCUCCUAGCUUGCAGCGGGAUCUAGCCGCUCUCUACCAGCACAAGUACUGCACAGAUGUGGACCUCAUUUUCCGGGGUACUUGUUUUCCAGCUCAUCGGGCCAUCCUGGCUCCCCGUUGCCCCUUUUUUAAGACCUUGCUGUCUUCAUCUCCCGGGUAUGGAGCAGAGGUUCUAAUGGACAUUGACACGGCUGGCAUUGAUGUUCCCAUGUUCUCCGCCCUACUUCACUACUUGUACACUGGGGAGUUUGGGGUGGGUGGAGCAGAGGAUACAAGGCUUCAGAAUGUGGAUGUGCUAGUGCAGCUAAGCGAGGAGUUUGGUACACCUAACUCCUUGGAGGCAGACAUGAAGGGCUUGUUUGACUACAUGUGCUACUAUGACGCUCUGCUCAGCUUCUCUUCAGACUCUGAAAUGAUAGAGAGCUGUAAUGAGAGAGGAGCUGUGGCUGCAGCAACAUCAGUGAGUCAAGGAGGCAAUGGGGCCCCAGGAGCUGCAGGGACCCCAGACGAGGACCUUAGGGCUCACAAAGCUAUCCUGUCAGCACGCUCUCCUUUCUUUAGGAACCUUUUGCAGCGACGUAUUCGCACAGGCGAGGAAAUGACAGAGCGCACACUCCAGACACCCACCCGCAUAGUGCUGGAUGAGUCCAUAAUACCACGAAAAUAUGUGCAGGUUAUUCUCCACUGCAUGUACACGGAUGUCGUCGAGCUCGGGCUGGUGCUGCGUGGCAGCCCCUCAGCAGGCAGCCUCGGUGAGGUGCAAGCCCUGGUGUCAGGGAGCCGUGGGGCCAGCACGCGCACUGAAGAGGCCAUGGAGCUGUACCAUAUUGCUCUGUUUUUGGAGUUUAGCAUGCUGGCUCAAGGCUGUGAAGACAUUAUUGUGGAGAGUUUGUCUCUGGACUCUCUUGUCCCCAUUCUCAAGUGGAGCUCCCAACCAUAUGGCUCCAAGUGGGUCCAUAGGCAGGCCAUGCACUUCCUCUGUGAGGAGUUCAGUCAAGUUGUCACUUCGGAUGUUCUCUACGAACUUGGCAAAGAACACCUUCUCAGUGCAAUUCAGUCUGACUACCUACAGGCGAGUGAACAGGACAUUCUUAAGUAUGUUGUUAAGUGGGGCGAGCAGCAGCUUAUUAAGAGGAUGGCAGACAGGGAACCCAACCUAUUGAGUGGCACAGCCCACAGCGUAAACAAGAGGGGAGUGAAAAGGAGAGACUUGGAUGUGGAGGAGCUGAAGGAGAUCCUGUCUCCGCUCCUGCCCUUCAUCCGAACAGAGCACAUCUUACCUCCCAACAGUGACGUCCUCGCCGACGCGCUCAAAAGGGGUUUGAUAAGCACCCCUCCUUCAGACAUGCUACCCACAGCUGAGGGGGGUAAAGCCAAUGCCUGGUUGCGUCAAAAAAAUGCAGGCAUCUAUGUGCGUCCGCGCCUUUUCUCUCCUUACGUGGAGGAGGCUAAGUCUGUUCUUGAUGAAAUGAUGGUUGAGCAGACAGACCUAGUGCGUUUGCGACUAGUGCGCAUGUCCAACGUCCCGGACACACUCUACAUGGUCAACAACGCUGUGCCUCAGUGUUGUCACAUGAUUAACCACCAGCAAAUGGCAAGCAACUCAACCACAGCUCCAUCAGUCGUGGCAAAUGAAAUUCCAGUGCCUCAGUUAUCUGUGGUAAAGGAGAUGAUUCGGAGGCUGCAUGAACUAAGACACACAGAGCAGGUUCAGAGAGCGUAUGCCCUCAACUGUGGCGAGGGAGCCACUGUCAGCUAUGAGCUGCAGCUGCGGGUGCUGAGGGAGUUUGGUCUGGCAGACGGAGCCACUGAGCUACUGCAGAAUCCAUACAAGUUCUUCCCAGAUGAAAGGUUUGGAGAUGAGAGUCCAAUACUGGCCCUGCGCCAGGUGGGUCGUUGUCGGGUAAACAGCAGUCCAGCCAUGGAUAGCAUGUUCACAGAGCUGGAAGGAGUAGCAGGCUUCCACCCUCCCUUACCUCCUCCACCUCCCCCAUACCACCCCCCUGCCACACCUAGUCACGCACAGCUCAAGGGUGCGUGGCGACCUCGCGUGCCCUUGCCAACCCCCACCCGUUCCUUCUCCUACCCCUGCAACCGCACCCUGAUCCAGCGCCAUGCAGCCACCAAGCAUGGCAGCUCAGACUACUCCUCUGUGCCCAGGCCUCAGCCCCCUGACUGCACCAACCCACAGGCUAUGGGCCGAGCUUUGCUUUCAGACCAGCAAGUGAUGAGCAUGGAGCCGGUUAUGAGGGAGUUCAUGCCUGACAUUGCGCUAGGUGUUUCGGUCAUGACUCUGAGGGAGCAGCACAUGGCAGAAAUGGAGAGGGAAGGCCCUCAGAGCCCCAUGGGCCCCUCAGGCCACCACCUGCCUCAUGGGCCCUGCCCUUCUUCCCGCCUCAGCCAUGGCUAUGGGCCUGGACAUGGCCACUCCUGCAAGAGACACGCUCCUGAGCCCAAACUGGAAGCUCAAGCUGAGUUCCCUGACCUGUAUGACUUUUCCUGUCGACCUGCAACCCCGACCUCCACACACCCACUGCCCUCCUUUGCUGGACCAGACCUCUACAGCCACAGCUGCACCGCCUCCAGCUCCUAUCCUCCUCCUUAUGUUUCUGACUCUCAGUCCCAGGGCCAUACACAGGGUCGGACUGCCUCAGACCCACUACGACUGGAUGUCCUCAGUAUAACCUCUCAGAGGCAUGAUGGUCUCCUUGCUAGCCCCUCUGGAGCCCAACCUAGGAUGGGACAUAUUUCAAAGGGGCGAUCAAAUGAGACAGACCUGACUCAUGGCUUAGGCCAUUUACGGUCCCCCAGUGGGAAUAUGGACAACUAUGAGGAGAGACACCCAGGACCCAGAGAGACCUCAGAAGAGAUGGGUCUAGCUGGAGAAUCAUCAGGCCCAGGGCCACUCCAGCAGCCUCACAGAAACAGUGUCAGUGAAGAGAUUGUCAGAGACCGCAGGUCACCUAGCAAACCUGACUACCCCUAUAAGAAAUCUGCACUUUAACCCCAGUUUAAAGACCAGGGGUUGGGUUAAGAAAAGGGAAAAAGAGAUGAGUGGCUGUCCAUCAUAUUGAAUAGCAAAGCACUAGAUGUCUGCCUGCGUGUGUGUGUGUGUGUGUGUGUGUGUGUGUGUGUGUGUGUGUGUGUGUGUGUGUGUGUGUGUGUGUGUGUGUGUGUGUGUGUGUGUGUGUGUGUGUGUGUGUGUGUGAGUUUGAGAGAAGCAGGGAAAAGGGGUGGUCGAUGGUUGCUAUUUAUAGAAUCUGUCCUUUUGUCCUACCUCUAUCACACUGUGCUAUCCAUCACGCAGUCAGCAUGGUAAGAGCUGUAGGUUAGCUGUCAAUGCAAGUCUGCCUAGUCCUGCAGGUUUAGAGGAUUUCUUAGGCUCUCCGUGGACAGAUUGGUCUCUUGCAUUUCUUAAGAAAGAGGUUAGCUCUAUGCUGCAUGAAUUCUGCGUGAGGAAGUCGCAACACUAGAUGAAGCUCAGUUAUAAAAUGAUGGUUGAAAACAGAUUACAUUGGUUGGCUCUUUUGUCUCUUGCACAGAAUGGGAAGAUCACAGGAUAAAGAUCUCAGUUUACAUAAAUGAACAAUGGCACAGAGUCUGGGAUAGAGUAUUGUGAUAAAAUCAUAUGUAAAUAUGUCUGGCAGUGUUCUUUCCCCUCCCAGAACUGGUAUUUCCAUUUCUUCUUUUAGCAUGGCUAUAGCUCACCUGACUAUUCUUCUCCUCCUGCUCUGGUUCUGCACUAAUGAAAUUGAGUUAAAAAAAAAAAAGCCAAGGUUUGGUCACACAAAGCAGGAAUUGGAUCCUACUGGAAGUAGGCCAUCAGAGCUUGUCAGUCUCAAGUAACCGCGUCUGAUUGUGUCAGACGUAACCUAUCACAACCUCACUGUCUAGCUUAAAGGCAGAAGUCUGGUGUUUUCACACGGGGCAGGAGGAUCAUGGGCAGGUUCAUUACUGAGAUAUAGUGGAAAAUAUCAGGUUGCCAUGACAUAAGCCGUUUUCGCACAUGCAGCGCUGAAUUUAUCUAGACAUCACGCAACAGAGGUGCAAGUCAACGCAAAAGCCUGACUCAGUCUUAUUGGGUAUUAGACAGUCUGUAUGAUGUCAGAUCCAGGCAGCUUCGCUGCCUAAACCACAAAGUAUUUCAGAAGCAGACUGCUUCCUGCUGUGUGCUACAUGUGAGAGAGGACAUUUGUGGAUGACCUUAUUCUACUGAAAAUGUCUGUACAGCGAUCAGAUCAAGCGCUGGGGAUUUGUUGGAUCUGCAGCUAGGCCAGGUGUGUGUUUGUGUGUGUGAGAGAGCGUGUCUUUGUGCAAGGAUAACUUUGAUACACCUAGGUGUUAACAUAAUCUCAGUACUGUACACUCCCAUGUUUGGUCGGGUCUUUUUGUACAUAUCAAGGUCUGAAAUGAUUAAGCAGUGUUUGGCAGAGUGUGGUCGUCAGCGUGUUAGUUUCCUCCCAUUUCAAAAUAAGUAAUCAAAUCUAAAGCCUUAACUAGCGCUUGGAAUAUUCACUUUUUAGCUAUCUUUAUUCAAUCAAGUACGAUGUCUCUAUAAUGCCACCCCCGUUAACUGCUUAUUUGACUGUUGUCCACAUUAAAGAUACAUAGACACUGCAGUUUUUCUGGAUGGUGGAGGUGGGCUCAACCAAACCCAAAUGUUUAAACCAUGUCUCCAUCUUGCCAGCUCGUCGGAGAUUGUGGAUGUGCAGAGCCAGUGUUGAUGCUUUUAAAUAUACUGUUAAUGAGCCGCAGCAGCUGUAGCUCCACAACCCUGCAAGUACACAAAUAAAAACCUGUAACAGCCGACAGCUGGCAUUCGACCUCACAUACGAGUAUCAUUGCACUGUAGGAGCCAUCUGUUUAUUAGCUGAAGGGAAAAAAGAACAAAUGAAUCUCGAACAAAAGGAAUCUUAUAUUGAAGAAAAGUUGGCGAUUGCUGGCUCAUAUCUCCAAUGAAAAUUGUAUAUAAUGAAUUGAGUUCAACAUGAUGAAUUUUUAAUGGUUUCUAUCACAUUUUAGUGGUCGUUGAAGGUCUGUGUUUUUACUGUAGUGGACAACACUGUGUACUUUGUCUCUGUCAUGAAAACUCACUAAGAAUGUGUGGUAUAAACAGAAAGAUUGUGUCUCAGAAACUAUUUUUGUUCUUAAAUGUUAUGCAUCUAGGGCAGUUUGUUUGAUAUAGUAGGUGCUGUGGAUUGCCAUGUUUGUAGAACACUUUUCACCCCUUUUUCCUUUUACUUUAAAAGUAACAGGAAUAUGUUGAGGAUCUGAAGAUAUUAGCUCUAUGCUUAGCAGUGAUAGAGUUGCCAAGCAGAAAAAUCAUUUUUCCAUCUUGGUUGCUUCAUGGGGAAAAAAUGCAAAACUCCAGAUUCCUCCCCAUGUUCAUGUUGGGUGGUUGUUUUAUUUUCCAGGACAAUGUUCCAUUGAGUAAAAGUCCUUGUUUUGCUCUUUUGCUGUAGAGAAGUCAGUGCCUUCCCCUGCCUGCGGCUGGGCUUUUAUUGGAGAAGUGACUUUGAUGUCUAUGCAAGCUCUUUUCUACCAGCUUACCAGCCUGCAUCAAAUAAUUCUUUGAAAUCUCAUGUAGCUUGUUUUGUGUACAUAGUGUUAUUUAGCACCUUUUGAAAUUGAACAAUCUGAAAUGUGUGAUUGCUUGUGUUGAUUUGUAACAGGUACACUGUGCCUGUAUGGUAUCAUAGAAACCAUGUUUGUAGACUGAUAUUAAGUUGCAUUUAGUUUCACGGAAUCUAUUUUUCUACUGUCACCUCAAAACGGUGCAUAACAGUGGUCAACUUGGGCAUCCUCAAAAUAAACUGGUUUGAUAUUAUGGAAUUAA